AAAAUUUUAUAUUCAAAAUGGCGUUUGUCAUGCUGAAGAAGGUGUCAAUAAUAUCUUCAAGAUACAAUUCCAUAUUUCGCCAUAAUUGUUUAUUAAAUGAAAGUGUAAACAGAUAUUUUGUAUCAUCCAAUUAUUUUCCAACUUUUACUAAUAAGAGGCAGUAUCUUCAUCAGUUGCAUUCAAAAUAAUCAAGUCGUGUGGUUCUGAUAUGUCUGGAGAAAAUGAAGAUACUAGAAAUGAACUUGUUACGCAAGCAUGGGAAAUGCUUAAGAAAAGUGGAAUACCUAUGAAUAUUGGCCUUUGGAAUACGCUCCUUUCUGUUUACAUAGAGAACAAGCGCGAUUUUGAUCCUGUAGAUUUUCUGAAUGAUUUAAGAAAAAACUCACAAUUAGAACCAAAUCAGACAACUUUUUCUCUGCUUAUCCAAAUGUAUGCUGAACGAGGAGAUCCACUAGGUGUUAUGAAGAUCAUCGAGUUUAUGAUGGAAAAGGGUUUUGUAAUGACAGAAAAUAUGUAUGCUUGGUUAAUAAAAGCCUUUGCAAUAAAUGGAAAUUUUGAAGGUGUCAAACAUGUUAUGAAAUCAAUGAGAGAAAAUGGUAUUCCACCAAAAGAAAAAGUUUACAAACAAAUAAUUAAUGCACUUGCUGUUAGAGGUGACUUGGAAAAAAUAGAAGAUACUUUGAAUGAAAUGACUAAGAAGGGAAUAUCUCCAACAGUUGAACUUUAUAUGGGUUUGCUUAAUAAUCUUAGUGAAGGUGGCCAUAGAGACUUGAUUAAAACAACUUUAGGAAAGAUAGAAGGUAUGCAAGAAAUGUCGCCAGAAGUGGAUAGUCUUAUCCAACGCUUCACUGUGAGAGAAGACUAUGAAAAUGCGAUUGUAUUGUUGGACCAUUUCAAACAAGAAACAGAAAAUAUGAAGCCUUAUACUGUUAUAAAUCAAAUCAGCGUGGCAUCAUUCAAUUACUUACUUCAAGCUGAUAAGGAUCUUGAACAAUUCAAGAGGUUAAAUAAUGCAAUAGAAAAACAUUUUAACAAAACACUAAAUUCAAGGCUUCCUUUUCUUGCUGAAUAUCUCGCAAAGAAUGACAAGCUAGAUUGGGCAUUGUCUCUUGCAGUACCUGAUGAAUCAUUAAAAAGAUCCAAUUUUCAAAUAUACAACUUUAUUCUUAAAGCUCUAAAUUAUAAACGAGAUUUGAUUGGUAUUGUUAAGGUGUUUGCUGAUAUGGGUGAAAAAUCUAUUGAUGCUGAACAUUCUUGCUAUCAAAAUAUAGAAGAUACAGUAGAGGAAGUUGGAAGUGAUAAAAAUAACAAGUUUCUUGAUUUAGCAAAGGAUUUUGACAAAAUAGUGUUGCCAUAUGAGUUUAUUAAGUCUGUACUAUCGAGAGAAAACAUGAAUCUCAAUACAUUUUCUAAAUAUGCUCAUCUUGGCUCUUUAGGAGAUUUGUUGGGAUCCAUAAAAGAAAUUACAGACUUAAUGAGAAGGGAUUUCAACUCUGAAGAUGCUUCAAAGAUUGUAAAGGUGUUGCAUAAGAAAGGAAUUCAAACAAAAGUUCUUAUUGAGAAGGUUGUUGGCGAUGUUUCUAAUCGAAGUUAUGCAGAUGUCAAAGAAGUUUAUUCAUUCAUGUUGAACCUUAUACAAGAGGGCAUCCCAACAACUCCUAAUGCUCAAUACAAUUUACUUAAAGGCUUGUUUACAUUUUUUCGUGUUUCAAACUCAGAAUAUUUUUUUCAAUUUAUUCGUACGCUAAAAGAACAUGGCAUCGAGCCUGAUAAUAACCAGCAGAUUCUUAUGAUACGGAUGGCUGCCAAGAUUGGGAAUAGCAGUGCUGCACAAUUCUGUUUUGACAAACUGAUGGCUGAACCAGAUUUACCUGGAUUUUACAAUGAAAACAAAAACAUGUUGUAUCAAUAUCUCAUAUCUUCUUAUCAAAAUGAAGCUAUUAAGGAAGAAAGAAAAGAAAAAAAAGUUGCAAAUGCUCGUAAAAUCCUUCAAAUAGCUGCUGAAAUGAAGGAAAAAGAUUUAAAACCUACUGCUCAUUCUGCAUCUGCUAUAGCUGUUAGUCAUCUAAUUAAUGGUGAUGUUGCUGAAGCUAAUUAUUUUCUUAGUACAUAUGGAAGUUUCGAACCUACUGUUAAUCAAAGAAAUUUGUUAAAUACAGCUUAUUUGACUACAUUUAUUUCACAAGGAAAUUUUAAAGCUGCUGAAGACAAAUUUAAUGAACUGAUACUCAAUAAUGUAGUGACAUAUGGUCACUAUAAACAAAUGUUUAGGCUAUGUGAAAUUAAAGGAAAUGUUUCCAAAAUGGAACAGUUGUAUAGUAAAUUAUUGGAAAAUGGGAUGAAAGCAGAUGUAAAUAUAUAUGAGCAUAUGAUACGCACUUAUUUAAAAAAUAAUCAACCUGAAUGUUGUUUAAAAUUGCUUAAAGACAAUACUGAUAACCAAAAACAGAAGCUAGGAACUAAAUUAGUUUUAUCUGUUAUUCGUAGUCUUGCUCUAAAUGGAAUUGACAUAGUUAAAGAAGCUGUUGCUCUAGCUCGUAAAGACUAUCCAAAUAUUCGGGAACAAACUUUGAAAGAAGUCCUCCUAAUAGCUCAUAUUAAAGAUGGAUUGGUUGAUGAGGCAUCUUCUUUUUUAUAUAAAAAUGAAGUAGUGACUGAAAGUGAAAGCAGUUCAACUCGUGAUAAUGAAGGAAAAAUUUUAAAGCAAGAUAUUUUGGUUGGUCAUUUAAAAAAAUAUGCUGAGUCAGCCGAACAGCUUGGUGAUAUUAAAUUUAUUGAAAACAUUAUCAAGUUCUUGAAAUCAAACAAACUUGCAUACCAUGUUGCAUAUCCUUCUUACUUAUUGGCACUAGAUAAAGUUAACGAUAUAGAAGGACUUCGUAAUUUAUAUAAAGAUCAUCUGGAAAAUGAAGUCAAAGAAAAUGAUCAGUUUAUAUCGCUUUUAAAUGCUACUGUUGAAAAACAUGGCAUUUCUAAAUUUUAGGGAUGUUUUUUAGCAUUUUAUUAUAUAAAACACUUUUAUAAAACAA